CUUUCUGAAGUGUUAAAGCGUUGGGGUACUAGUCCUUGUGAAAUAGUUGCCAUUUCCAGAAUUUAAAACGGACCGAAUUUAUUAUUAUGCGGAAGGUAGUUUAUUUCACAGAGAUUCGUCCAGGUUAAUUUAAUUCAACUGAUAGAUUUUGACUUAGGCCUUCAGACUCUGACUUUGAAUUUUAAGGAAACCGAUAACUAUUAUCCCUUUAUUAUUCUUACUUUGUGAAAAGUGGAAUUUCUGUGUAACUCAGGAUUUAGGCAAGAGUCACGUUCUUUUGCAAUUUUGCAAAUUGUUUUAGAGCCUAAACAGAAAACAGAUUCUUAAAUCUAUUUUUUUUGCAUGCAGUCUUGUGAUAUCAUACCACGCAACCACUGGAAAGCACUGUACAUCAUGCUUUUUAUUCUUUUUACAAAAUAUGACACCCUACCCUGUUUCUCACCAUGUAAGUACAGUCAGGAUAUUGUACAAGACAAACUUUAAAAAAUAUAUGAAUGAGAAGAAUGAUUCCUAUAUUUUGGGAGAGAGGGCUCUAACUUUUUUAAAGAUGGGAAUUUUAGAUACCAAAGCAUUACAGAGAUUAUAAUUUGCCGAUGGUCUUGAAGUCUCAGGAACAUUUGGAAAUAGGCAAAGUGACAAGAGAUUUUAAAGUUCUAGUUUUUGUUUAAUGAUGUACACAGAUAAUAAAGCAGAUUUAUGAGCAUAGUAGAUGUGCUUGUAAAGACCUGGGUAUAAAUAACUUUUUCAAGAGGACACUUUUAAAGCACUGUAGAGUUCCAGACUUCAGUUGAAAAUGAGUGAGGCCUUUGAAACAAAGCAUAAGUAAUAUGCAUAUAUACUGUGCAUAUAUACGCUCUUAGCUCCCUCUGAGUCAGUCUGGGUUUCUUAGGUGUGGGUGAUUAAUGUGUAAAAUUUCAAGAUGAGUUUGGGCCUCCUGGUUUUGAACGGAAGCUGAGUUUCCAGUGGUUUCUUGUGACCUCUAGUCUGAAUCUGUCAGUUGGCCUUUCUCUGCUGUUCCAUCAACAGGAAGCAUCUGGCCACUCUUCGUAUCAUUGUCAGAAAGUGCCAGAUGUCCCUGGUAGAUUUGGGGAAGAAGCUUUUAGAAGCGGCACGAGCAGGUCAAGAUGACGAAGUUCGUAUUUUGAUGGCAAAUGGAGCUCCUUUUACUACAGACUGGCUGGGAACUUCUCCACUUCAUCUGGCCGCACAGUAUGGGCAUUACUCUACCACAGAGGUACUUCUCCGAGCCGGUGUAAGUAGGGAUGCCAGGACCAAAGUGGACCGGACACCGCUGCACAUGGCAGCUUCUGAGGGCCAUGCCAGCAUAGUAGAGGUUUUGCUUAAGCAUGGUGCUGACGUCAAUGCAAAGGAUAUGUUAAAGAUGACAGCUCUGCAUUGGGCAACAGAACACAAUCAUCAAGAGGUGGUGGAACUUUUAAUCAAAUAUGGUGCUGAUGUCCACACGCAGAGUAAAUUUUGUAAAACUGCAUUUGAUAUUUCAAUAGACAAUGGAAAUGAAGAUUUAGCAGAGAUAUUACAGAUUGCUAUGCAGAACCAAAUCAAUACCAACCCGGAGAGUCCUGACACUGUGACAAUACACACUGCCACACCACAGUUCAUCAUUGGACCAGGAGGGGUGGUGAACCUAACAGAUGAAACAGGAGUAUCUGCUGUCCAGUUUGGGAACUCCUCUACAUCAGUAUUAGCUACAUUAGCUGCCUUAGCCGAGGCGUCGGCCCCAUUGUCCAAUUCUUCAGAAACUCCAGUAGUGGCCACAGAGGAAGUGGUUACCGCAGAAUCUGUGGAUGGUGCAAUUCAGCAAGUAGUUAGCUCAGGGGGUCAGCAAGUCAUCACGAUAGUUACAGAUGGAAUCCAGCUGGGAAACUUGCACUCCAUUCCAACCAGUGGGAUGGGUCAGCCCAUCAUUGUGACCAUGCCUGAUGGACAGCAAGUGUUGACAGUACCAGCAACAGACAUUGCUGAAGAAACUGUCAUCAGUGAGGAGCCACCAGCUAAGAGACAGUGUAUGGAAAUAAUUGAGAACCGGGUGGAAUCUGCAGAAAUUGAAGAGAGAGAAGCACUUCAGAAACAGCUAGACGAGGCGAACCGGGAGGCGCAGAAGUACCGACAGCAGCUGCUCAAGAAGGAGCAGGAGGCCGAGGCCUACAGGCAGAAACUGGAGGCCAUGACGCGCCUCCAGACCAACAAGGAAGCCGUCUAGCCGCCGGGCACGCGACUCUGAUUUUACCUUUUGUCCAGAAAAAAUGCAGUCUUGAACUGUACACAGUAAGGACACAGCUAUGGGAAUACCGGAUGAUAGAAAAUACUACGCAUUGAUAAUGGGACUUAAGCCAUGAGCUCUGAAUUCUUGUAAUAUAAAACUUUAGAACUUGUGAGAUGUAUUUAAACCGAAUUCUGUAAAUAGUUUUUGGUUGUUUCUUUUUUUACAGUUACAAAUGAGUUGAUAAAGAUUGUUGAGGAGAUCCAAAAACCACAGUAAGGCACUGUUACAGGCAAUUCUUCUUGAUUUGGGUACAGACUUCAAUUCUCAGAAACAGAAGUUUUAAGGGUGGUUGUUGUUGGUUAGACCAAAUGUGUAAUAAUUAUGGUGGACUGAUGCUGGAAAUAACUCUUUGAAGAGAUUUCUCCCAGGAACUUUUGUACAGCUUUUAAGUUGUCUCAGGUUCUCUGAAAACAUUUUUUAGGAAGCAGAAAUUUUAUAUUUGUUCAAUUUCAGCUACAUGCAAGUAGAUUUACAUGUAUAUGAAGCAAAUAUUUUUAAAAUUUUGUUUGUACAUAUUCUGCAUGUUUUAUGAUUUUAAAAUGCAUCACUUGCUUAGAUAUGAUUCCCACAAAGACGAUGAAAGUUACCAAGAAAUAAAAAGGCACUACUGUUGUGUUGGUCACUGAAAGUAAGUAAGCUAGCAACUGGUUCUACUGGCAGCCAUGACAGUGUUCUUGGAAGGAGCAGCUUGCAAGAGAACUUGAAUCUGCAAAAUCUAUGCUUUUUUGAAAAUUCCAUUGUGGGGAUGUGAGACUGUAUUCUGUGCCUUCCAUCAUGAUUUCCACAUGAGCACUUUGAGGCGCUGGAUUUUAAGAUAAUGUUUUUGGCAAACUCAGUGCAUUUGGGUUUCUGAAAUAUUUCAUGGACUUAACUACUCCUCUCCUCUCCCCUGCCCCCGCCCAAAAAAUUAUUCUUAUGGAAAUUGCUUUUGUAUGUAGAACAGGAACUUUUUGUACUCAGUGAUGCUAUGACCUGUCUAAUGUAACUUUCGCUAUUGCCUGGGAAGCUCCAGGUCUGUGCUGCAGCUCGGUCUCGUCACAAUGUUGUCCGUUCUACAGUGUGUGGACAUUUGACAGACUUCCAUUCUGUUUGGUUAAAAUGUAACUUCAAGCUCUUUGUUUUUUUGUUUUAUUGCUUUAUGAAAAGUUUAACUCCAAAACUAUUCUAGAUUAUCUGUAUAAAGAACCAAUUACCUUCAAGACUGUACUCUGGCCUCUUUUUCUAUUUUACAAUUAAAUAACUUUCCACAUA